AUGAAUCAGUUCGAUACUGAUCUUCUUGAUCUUCCCAAUGAAAUAUUACUUAUCAUCUUAAAAAAGCUUGACAAUAUUGAUGUAUUGUAUUCAUUAUUUGGAAUUAAUAAUCAUCAAAUCGAAAUUUUGCUACAAGAUGAUAUAUUUACUAAUACUCUUAAUCUUGUAACGACAUCAUCAAUUACUGAUUUAAAAUUUGAACGAUUUUGUAAUUAUAUUUUACCUCGAAGUCAUCAUUGUAUAAAAAAACUCAUUCUCGAAACAUCAUCAAUGGAACGUAUUCUUCUUGCUGUAAGUUAUGAUGUUACUAUGAAUUAUGACGAUUUGGUGGUACCUCUUCUUCGUCGUAUGACGCAUCUCGAAAAGUUAACUUUGUAUCUUCGUAUCCUUCAUCGAAAUGCAUUCAUUGAUGGCACACACCUUCAGAAUGAAAUUCUUGAUUAUAUGCCUCAACUUCAUACAUUCAAAUUUUAUAUUAGUACACAAGAAAGCAUUUUUUCUUCAUUUCCUCGUAAAUCUAAUUCAGAUAUUGAACGAACAUUAACAAAUAUAAAAUAUGGACAAAUGGCUUCUAUUAUAGAUUCUUACAGCGGCGGCCUUGAGGCCAUAUGUCAUAUUUACUCGCUUCCAUUUACAUUCAGUCGUCUGGGAAUUAUUACGACUCAUUUUCCAAUGAUUGUGUUUGAUACGGUAACUCAUUUGUCUGCCUAUGAUAUGAUUCCAAUGGAACAUGAAUUCUUUAUACGUAUUAGUCAGACAUUUCCAAUGCUUAAAUAUUUUUCUAUACAGAAUGACAGGCCCCUGUCAUUCGAACGUAAUGAAUGGGAAUCUGAUAAGAACGUAUCUUAUUCAAUUAUUGAAUUUCCUCAUCUUAUAUCACUUGAUGUUACGUGUGCGAAUAUAGAUUAUAUUGCGCAAUUUCUACUCGAAACAAAGACACAUCUACCUUGUCUAACUGAGUUGAAAGUUAAUUAUUAUCGAUUGCAAAAAGUAACAAUGAAUUUUACAAGAGACACAACACGAAAGAAUUGUUGUAAAAUAAAUCGAUUAUUUGUCAACGUAUCAAUAGUCUUUUCAAAAGAUGUUAUGGAAUAUUUUCCUUCAUUGUAA